UGAUGGAUGGAUGUUCAGAUAAAGGUGCAGCAGAAGCUGCAGAGGAGCUCACAGUGACCCGCUGCGGUUGUUAGCAUGUCCUUCCUCACAGAUUUCCAAACAUUCCCGUUCCUCACAGCCUCCGUCCACGACAACGGGCAAAAUGCUUCCUCCUCCCAAACGCGCAGGAAAUGAACGCCAUUCCGUGUGAGUCCGCAGUGACCAUGCGUGACCCGGCGGCGGACCCCCACGUCAACGUCACCUCCAACUGCUCUUUGGCCGCCUCCAACCUGACAGCCGCGGCAGACGUCCCGCAGCUCCCCACCUUCACCACAGCGGCCAAAGUAAGAGUCAUCAUCACGUUCGUCCUGUGCGGCGCGUCGGCCUUCUGCAACCUGGCCGUGCUGUGGGCGGCGCACAGGGACGGGAAGCGGAAAUCCCACGUCAGGGUGCUGAUCGUCAACCUGACCGUGGCCGAUCUGCUGGUGACCUUCGUGGUGAUGCCCGUGGACGCGGCGUGGAACAUCACCGUCCAGUGGCUCGCGGGGGACUUUGCGUGCAGACUGCUGAUGUUUCUGAAGCUGCUGGCCAUGUACUCCUGCGCUUUCGUCACCGUGGUGAUCAGCCUGGACAGGCAGAGCGCCAUCCUCAACCCUCUGGCGAUCAACAAGGCCCGGAUGAGGAACAGGAUCAUGCUGGCGGUGGCGUGGGGUGUGAGUGUGGCGCUUUCGAUCCCUCAGAUCUUCCUGUUUCACAACGUGACCAUCGUCCAUCCUGAGAAGUUCACCCAGUGCACCACGCGGGGAAGCUUCGCCACGCGUUGGCACGAGACGGCCUACAACAUGUUCACCUUUUCCUGCCUGUUCCUGCUGCCGCUGGUCAUCAUGAUCACCUGCUACGCCAGGAUCUUCCAUGAGAUCUCCAAACGACUGAAAAAGGACAACCUGCCCACCAGCGGAGUACGUCUGAGGUGCUCCAAAAACAACAUCCCUAAGGCCCGGAUGAGAACGUUAAAAAUGAGCGUCGUCAUCGUCUCGUCUUUCAUCGUCUGCUGGACUCCGUAUUACCUGCUGGGCCUCUGGUACUGGUUCUUCCCCGACCACCUGGAGGACAAGGUGUCCCACUCGCUGACCCACAUCCUGUUCAUCUUCGGGCUGGUAAACGCCUGCCUGGACCCGCUAAUCUACGGCCUGUUCACCAUCCACUUCAGGAAGGGGCUCCGGAGGUACUACCCCAACGCCGCCUCCGCCGGCGACGCGGAAAACGCCACCGUCUUAACCGGAUCGUUCACGUCUCCGGCCCUCUCACUGUCCCUGAGGAGAGAGUUGAGGCGCCUCAGUCAGGAAAAGCUGGUGCUUUGCGGCGACAGCCACAGGAAAGCAGAGCCUCCCUCGCUAAGCAGCAGCUUUCUGGCAGAGGACAGAGAUGUCCAGCAGUCCAGUCCCGAGAGCAUCUUGUGAGAAACAUGAUGAAAAGCUGGGCGAUAAAUCAAUUUGAUCAGUUAGUCAAAUUUUUGCUUUUUGAAGACUGGACUUUUUUUUUUUUUUUAUUUCCACCAAUGCACUCGUUGGGUUUCGGUAGUUCAAAGUGGUGUCGGCGCCAUCUUGUCUUGGCAGCUUCUAUUUAUUUGGACUUUGAAUUCAGGUCAACUCUACGACAAAAUAUAAAGAUCAAGCUAAAAUGUAUUUUUUUAAUGAGAAUAAAGUUUACAGGAAUAUAGUCGUAGUUAUAAGAAAAUAAAGUCGAAAUCAUACAAGAAUAAAGUCUUAAUAUUAUCA